AUGGUUGCUGACGUCAAGAGCCCGGCUGGACUUGCCGCUUUCAACACCGCCCUCGCCGAGCAGGCUUUCGCCAACGGGUACGUCAAUUUUUCUUUAAUUUUAGGCCUUUCAGUUCGAAAAAAUGUAAAAAUGCCAUUUUUACUGUUUCAAGUUGUUCAAAUUUGUAAUUUGCCCGUUUUUUCAGCUUCGUCCUUUCCGGAGAAGACGCCCAGCUGUUCGCCGCUCUUGGAGCUGCCCCGACCGCCGCCACCUACCCAAAUGUGGCUCGUUGGUUCGCCAACGUGGCUUCCUACACUGAGGCUGAGCGCAAGGCCUGGCCAUCCGCAGGAGGAUCUGCCCCAGCCGCCGCUGCCGAAGGAGACGACUUCGAUCUUUUCGGAUCCGACGAUGAGGAGGACGAGGAGAAAAAGAAGAUCGUCGAGGAGCGCCUCGCCGCCUACGCCGCCAAGAAGUCGGCCAAGCCAGGACCGAUCGCUAAGUCGUCGAUCAUCCUCGACGUGAAGCCAUGGGACGAUGAGACCGAUCUCGGUGAGAUGGAGAAGCUCGUCCGUGGAAUCGAGUUGGACGGACUUGUCUGGGGAGGUGCCAAGCUCAUCGCCAUCGGAUACGGUAACCAUUUUACUCAUCCCUUCUAAUAUGAAUUGUCUUUUCUUCCAGGAAUCAAGAAGCUCCAGAUCAUCUGCGUCAUCGAGGAUCUCAAGGUCUCCGUUGAUGACCUCAUCGAGAAGAUCACCGGAGACUUCGAGGACCACGUUCAGUCCGUUGACAUCGUCGCCUUCAACAAGAUCUAA